GUACGAUUGCCACGCGUCCAAAGCUCUCCCUCCCUUCCGCCCCCGUCCUUAUAUGCUACCGCUUUCCCAUCCAUUUUCCCUUUUCCAAUAAUUAUACGACCACGUAUACACAAUACAAUAACGUCACGCGUGACAUUAUUUUACCAGCGCAACAGACGUACUAUAAUAGAAUCCUGUCUUCUUUAUUACUUUUACACGCAUAUGUUUUACUAACGACCAUUUCAACAAAGGGAUAUUUUUGCCAAAUGCUCAUAAUAUAUUUAAAAUGAACUAAACAUUUUAAUAAUUUGAACAUUAUGGAUAUCCCAGUAAAAGAUCCAGGUAGAGGAACCAGAUGGGUUUGUCCAAAUGAUCGUCAUUUGGCAUUGAGAGCAAAGUUACGCAUAGGGUGGUCUGUAAAGACUGGUUCUCUAGACUCAAAAUGGGGCAAUUAUUCUAAUCCUUAUGCUGCUGGUUCAAAUUCUUGUGCACAGUCAUUCGUUUUAACUGAAGAUGAACAACAAGCAAUCAUAGAAGUCAUUCAAAGAGCUGAAGCUCUAGAUUUAUCAGAACAAGAACGGAUUGGUAGAUUAGUAGAAAGAUUAGAAAACAUGAAACGUAAUGUUUGCAUUGUUACUGGGACAAGAAUGAAUGAAAGAAGAAACUGUAGCAGUCGUUGUUCCAAUAGUACAUACUGUGUAUGUUCCUGUGCUCUCUGCGGUGAAAAGUUUGGGGCUGUGUUGGGUGCAACGCCAAGUCUUUGCAAGGACUGUCGGAAAUAUAUAUGUCAAAAAUGUGGUAUAGAAACUACUGACCUCAAUUCCACAUUUUCAAGUUCAUCAUCAACAAAAGGAGUAUUAGAUAAAACAACUGUGCAACAAAUUGUUAGACGUUCUAAUAACAAUCAGAAACAAUUUCUUUGCCGAAUAUGCGCAGAAACUAGAGAAAUGUGGAAAAAAAGCGGUGCUUGGUUUAUUAAAGGAAUGCCAAAGUACAUUUUACCAGAGAAAAAGGAACGAGGAUGGUCGCGAAUAGGUCAUAAACAGUCAACUUGGACAGUUGGAAGAAAUAAAUCCAUGGAAUUUAUUGAACCUCAUGAUUCUUCUUCAGAUGAAGAAGUGACACGACUUUCACCAUUUUCUAAUUCUGUUCAGUCAACUACCAGUGUAUCUAAAAUAUCACCGGGACAGCGAUCUAAUGAUUUAUUAUCAUUAAAUAAUCGUGAAGAAUGUUCGGAUCAAUUAGAUAAAUCUACACUUUCUAUUGCAUCUCAAUGCAAUCGUGUUUCGCCAACUCCUUCUGUUGCAAGUUCACGGUUGCGAACGAAUGGUAAAACCACUCAUGAUACCCAAUUUGAACCACACGUGUCUUUUGAAGAUGAAGUUAUUAAUGAAAAAAUGAAGAAAUCUGACAAUCCCAGUAAUGUAAAUAAUGAUACUCGUAAAACAGAGUUUAAUACAUAUAAUCAAUUAAAAAGCUCUCAGGUACAAUCUCUCAGAUUGAACUCUUCAAUGGCUCCAAUGCCAGUGGAAACGACAAUCGUUCCAAUGGAACAAAUACUAAAACAGCAUCAAGUCAAAGAGAAAUGCAUGGAUCAAGUCACAAGUCAAUUUUACUUAGAAAAAGAGAACCCUUGCAGCAACAAUCAAAUCAAUUUGUCACAUCUACAAAUGUUGGAGCACGAAGCGGAACAAAGUUAUGGAACUCUAGAAGUCUCCUUGCGGUACGACCCAGCGGUGCAGUGCCUCCAAUGCAAAGUGGAACGAGCACGAGGUUUACGGCCAAUGGAUAUUCAUGGUCUCGCCGAUCCGUUCUGCAAACUCAACAUAUUACCAACAAAUCUGAUUGCGACAACGAAACGUCUUCGAACAAGGACAGUUCACAAAACACGAGAUCCGGAAUUCAACGAGACACUAAAUUUUUAUGGAACGACAGAAACAGAUAUAUGGAGUGGCAAAGCCCUACACAUUCUGAUACUACAGGACGAUCCAUCAGGUCAAGACUUUCUAGGAGAAGCGAAGUUCCCCCUGCAGGAAUUGCAGCCUCGUCAAACAAAACAUUAUAAUGUUCCACUGCAAGAUCAUUAUCCAGUGGACAAUGAAGAAGCUGCUUGGGGUGUAUUUUCCAGUGGACGGGGAAAGAUUGAAAUAAAUCUAACUUAUUGUACAAGACGCAAAGCAUUAAUGGUUACAGUUCGACAAGCUAUAAAUUUACUUCCAAUGGAUACCAAUGGAUAUUCUGACCCAUUUGUCAAGUUGUGCCUUAUGGAGAAUGUGACGAACAAUCAAAAACAACGUGUCUUCAAUCAUUCAAUAGCACGUAUCACGGGCAGAAAGCUCAUAUCAAAAAAAAUUAUAGGUCGUAAUUCAUAUAAUACAACAAUCAAAUGGAAAACGCUAAAUCCAGAAUGGAACGAAGAAUUCAUUUUUACUGCUCGAUUGACAGAUCUAGUGAAACUUACCUUAUAUAUUACAGUGUGGGACAAGGAUUUUGGCAAGAAUAAUGAUUACCUUGGGGGACUUGAAUUAAGUUGUAACAGCAAAGGAGCCAGACUAAGACAUUGGAUAGAUGCAAUUAAAUUUCCAGAUCAUCAGCAUCGAGUUUGGCACAACUUAACAGAUACUAUUUUUCCCACAGUAUAACAAUUUAUACUCUUUUUUUAAAUGUUAUUUAAAAUAUUUUAAUGAGAUCUUUAAUUGAUACAUAUUAUAAUAUAAAAAAUAUAAUUUAUACUUAAUCCGUAUUGUUGCUCAAAGUGUACUAUCACAAGGAGAAAACUAAUAUAAUAAUAAAAUAAUUGC